AUGACGCGCGUCCGCACGCGGCGGCAUCUCUCUCGUCUCCUCCUGUUGUUCUCUUCCUCCGGAGCCCUCCAGACACGCCAUUGCUUGACCCUCCUCCUUCUCGGCCUUACCUCUCUCCGCACAGUCUCACCGUGCGAAGAGAAGACGAGGCCCCAGAGCCGUGACCCGAGCGCGUUUCCUUGCCGCAUUGAGGUGAGAAGGUACUCGCGGAGGGACCUCGCCGGUCCCGGAGUGUUCCCGGAAUGGAUGCGAGCCGAAAACGAAGCUUUCAGCAUGACUGGUCAAAGUGUUAACGACGCGGCCGGCGAUUAUCAUCGACCCGGCGAUUCGCCGGAAGACGGGCGAAGCCGUGAUGGACCCGGCCAAGUGGUGACAAGACGAACUUACAGCGGCGAUGGUACUCCCGUGAGCGCUAUCAGUGAUCAAGACGCGGACGAUCGAGUGCGUUUUGAAACUGCGAUUAAUUAUCCGGGACGAGAACUCGACGAUCGUUCCGGCGGUCCCGCGGCAAAUCGCCGAGUUGUCGGCGCGAUCGAUCUUGAGAAUAUGAGGCAAAGUGAGGAGAGUGUGAGAAAUUGGCUGGACCACUUGGUCAGGAAGCGCGCUAACGCACCGGUGUUGCAAAGCACUCUUUAUCCUUCGGAGAAGCAGGUUGUGAGCGAAAUCCAAUUUCAGGAAAAUCGAGAUAGCGAUAAUGAAACAAGUUUGGCUAUUUCAAACGGAGCCGGGCGAAGUGCGAGCCGCGAUUUAGCCGAGACCCCCGUUCACGAGCGCGAUCCGGAGGCUGCAUUAAUCAAAGCACCGAUCGAUUAUCCGAAUCAGUCGCGCGAGUCUUCAAAUAUCAAUCAGCCGAGGGGCCUGACGGAGAGCCGUCAAGGUAAUAAUGAAGUCGGUCUCGGCAACGCGGCCGGACGAGCGGGCGAUCCGUACGAUCUAUUCAACGCCGAAACGCUCGUUAAUCGUGCCAAUAAACGCACGAGCAAUUAUUCGGCCUACCGAAGUUCGCGUGGAAACGAGGCCUCAAGCGAGGAGCGCGAUAUUGACGUCGCCUCUGCGGCGAAGUACCGCGACGAUUCGCCGGGGAAUCGAAGCGGCGGCGAGACUGUCGGUUCCGAGGCCACGGGGCAAACUCAUUUAGACGCUCGUAACAUCUAUCCGCUUGAUAAUCGAAGCGACGGAGGUGCUGCAUUCGGCUCUGCCAGCACGGCCGACUACCUCAGCGAGAGCAAUAACUUCGACGCGGCUAAUGAGUACGCGAACUCGCCGAGCGAUCCGGACGCACCUCCCGACGAUGACUCCGGCGAUUACAACGUCGCCUCGAUCGAGGACCAGCUCGUCAGCGAGAACCCGUCGGAGAUCGGGACCAUUCCGGAAUACGCUGAUGACUUCCCGGAUGUUCUCGGCGGAACUCACACCGUCGCUUGCGACGAUAGCGCGUGCCGCGAAUCGGAUGAUAACGAUAUGCGGAUAGUUCGGACGAAAAAGUUGGCCAGAGCGGAGAUGUGGGAAGGGGGCGCGGGGAAUGUCGGCCGAGCAAACGACGCGAUACCUGCCAACGGCAGCGAUACCGAUAUCGACAGCGAAGCGCCUUUCACGGGCUUCGAGGGUUCUCAGAAAUUUCCCGUAAAAGUCAAUCAGAAGACGUCGACGGUGGCGCAAGUCGAAAAGUUCGACAGGCGACACUUCGGCCCGCACAAGGAGGACGUGCUUGAGGAAACAUCUACGUGGGCACCGAGCACCGAGCCCCCCGACCUGCCGAAGAGCCCCGGCAGGGACGUGCUUCAUCGUCAUCGCAAGACGAGCGUCGCCUCCGAUGACGUCACGGAGACGAGCGAGGAGGACAGGUCGUCGGGCGACGGUAGGACGACCGAGGUAGGCGAGAAACGGAACGACACCCUCGAGGAAUCCUCCUGGCUGCCCGGCGCGUCAUCGGGCAGACGCUCGCCGAGUUUGGUCAAGUCCGGCCCCGACGAAAAAUUCGCGACUACCACGGACGACAUCACGGAGCUGGAGAGCGCGACGCGCGACGGCGACGACUCCUCCGGCGAGACGAUGGAUACCGGUGUAACAGUGUCGAGUGCGAAAUCGAUAGACAAGAUAAAUAUAACCAUCCUGGGUCUCUUUGAGAUGACGCGCGGGGCGAUGCCGAGACCGGAAGGAUCCAGCGAACUCCAGGCGGCCAAAUUGGCGGUCGAUCAUGUCAACGAAUUCAACGUCUCCAAGUACUUUCAGCUGCGGCUUAUUUACAAUGACACCAAGUGCGAUUCCGGAGUGGCUGUUGACAGAUUCUUUCACGCGCUGUAUUCGACGAGGAAAAAACACCUGAUGCCGUUCCUGCUUGGUACAGCUUGUUCCGAAGUUACCGAGACACUGGCUAAAAUUGUGCCCUAUUGGAACGUGAUUCAAGUAUCGUUUGGCUCGACGGCGCCGGCCCUCUCGGAUUCCAAUGAGUUUCCCCUGUUCCUACGUACCGUCGCCCCAGACUCGAGUCACAAUCCAGCCAGGAUAGCGUUGAUCAAACACUUCGGAUGGGACACCGUUACCGCGCUCUCGCAAACAGGCGACAUGUAUUCCCUGGCAGUGAACGAUUUGGUCACGGAACUGGAGCAAGCGAAUAUCACGUGCUCCGCCACCAUCACGUUCGCCGAGAACGAUUACAAGGAGCAGCUGCGAACUUUGAAGGACCUGGACACUAGAAUUAUCAUCGGAAGUUUCUCAACGCGAUUGGCGCAGCGUGUUUUCUGCGAGGCUUGGAAACUCGGGAUGCACGGCGGCGAUUACGCGUGGAUCUUGCCAAGCGACACGAUCGACUUGUCGGAGAUGACGGGCGAUUGGUGGCACGCCGGCGUGGGAGAGUGCUCGCCAUCUCAGCUGUCGCAAACUCUGGACGGUUUAAUCAUCGUGAAGAGCCACGCCACGACCGUGGGAGACGAGAUCAGCGCGUCCGGAUUGACGAGCGAGAAAUUCACCUCGGACCUGGCUAAUAGAGACGUCGCGAACUCGAAAUUCGCGGGGCAAACAUACGACGCCGUGUGGGCCAUGGCACUCGCCCUCGCCAGCACCGAGGUCCUCCUGAAUCGACAGAACGAGAGCAUGGCGCGGUACACGCACACGAGGAAGGACCUGGCCUACCGUUUGCUGGAGCAGCUUAAGCUGCUGCACUUUAUCGGAGUUUCGGGCCCGGUUUCCUUCGACGACGCGGACCGCGUUGGUAUCACAGCGUUUUAUCAGAUGCACGGACACGAUAUUAGGAGAAUAGCUAUCUACACUCCCGAAGACGGGAAACUGAUAAUGAACUGUCCAGGAUGUGAGGCUACAAGAUGGCCCGGAGGUCAAGUGCCAGCGGCUCGCAGGGUCUUCCGAUUACGAAUGGUGACGAUAGCGCCCGUCGCGUUCCUCACCGUCACCUGCAUCGCCAGCGUCGGCGUUACCUUGGCACUCGCUUUCCUGGCCUUCAAUCUCCACUUCCGCAAGCACAAAAGCAUAAAACUUUCAAGCCCGAGGCUGAAUAACAUGGCUGCUGUUGGUUGCGGUUUGGUCUACGGUGCUGUAAUACUUUUGGGACUGGACGACGCCACGCUACCCGACAGCGACGGUUAUUAUCCUGCAGUGUGCACCGCAAGAGUGUACUUAUUGUCGGCCGGGUUCUCCUUGGCUUUCGGCUCGAUGUUCACGAAGACGUAUCGGGUACACAGGAUCUUCACGAGAAGCCGAAGCGGCGUCGUCAAGAACAAGCUGCUGCAGGACACCCAGCUGAUAAGCUUGAUCUGCGUGCUCCUGCUGAUCGACUGUCUCAUGGUGACGCUGUGGGUGACUCUGGACCCGAUGCAGCGUCACCUGCGAAACCUGACGCUGGAGAUCAGCCCGCAGGAUCGAGGAGUCGUUUAUCAGCCCCAGGUGGAAGUGUGCCGUUCGCAGCACACCAACGGCUGGCUGCUCGCUCUCUACGUUUACAAAGGUUUACUGCUGGUAGUCGGGCUCUACAUGGCCUGGGAAACGAGGCACGUCAAAAUUCCAGCUUUGAAUGAUUCUCAAUACAUCGGCAUGAGCGUGUACCUCGUAGUGAUCACGUCGGGUAUCGUCGUGGUGUUAGCCAACCUAAUGCCCGACCGCGCGACCUUGGCCUUCGUCACCAUCACCGCUCUGAUUCUGUCGUCGACGACGGUGACCCUGGCGCUACUCUUCCUGCCGCAACUGGCGAACAUCCUGGCGGGCGAGAGGGCCGACCCGGUCGUACAGAGUUUCGGCCUCAAGAUCGAGUGUAACACGCGCAGAUUCGUCACCGACGACAAGAGAGAGUUGCAGUAUCGCGUGGAGGUGCAAAACCGAGUUUAUCGUCGUGAGAUGGCACAGCUGGAGCUGGAAUUGGCCAGAUUGGAGAAGCAACUGGCGCAAGAGACGCUGGAGCCGUCGCACGGCUCAUCAAGCGCCUCGAUCCCACAACGAAAUCCAAGUAUCGGCGGUGGCCUGCCCCUGUUAUUGCUCAGUGUUCUACCACCGGUUAUUCCCCGUGCCAGUUGGCCAUCCGCGGACUCGUCCGGCAUACGUCGCGGUACCGUAGCAUUUAGCAGUCAGCCGGACCUGGAACCGGGCGAUCCCAGACAGAGUCUGGCCGACCUUUACAAGCUGCACCGUCGCAGGGAGACCGAGGGACCGAAUCGCCUAGGCGUUUUUCAACGACUCUUCAGCCUCUUCGGCAGCAGACCGAGUAGCAGGAAAACCUCCACCGCGUCGUUUACCGGGGUCGCAUCGGCGCUUCGAGUCCAUAUGGGUUACAUUGCCGGGUUAGUGCCUGGCACGAAGGCCGCUUCCACUUGCCAGGUGGAUGCCCAAGGCACCCACUCACCUCAUGCACGAUGCGGUUCAGGACCAAUAAUUAGUAUUACAAGCGAGGAAGAUCGUAUAUUGAGCCUAGGGCUACGUCGUAAGGAAAGUAGCGAGCCUCGAGUAAAUUUCAGUUUACCGCCACAGGCGAGCACGAGUCAGUCGUCCUCUCGAGAGAAGAUACGCGGAUCACCUCGGUUCCCUCAUCGAAUAAUCCCAGUGAACAGUUUGAGCGCUAUCACGCAGGGUACGUCGGUUCCGCGACCGCAUCGUUGGCACUCGAUGGAAGACGCGACGAAAUCGAAGAGCCAGAUACCAUUUCGCAGUUCGCGCAGUCCCAAUUUCGACGUGUGGGCCACAAGCGAGGUCGGGGUUCCUUUCAGCGAGCUCGCCAAUGCCGCCCGAGGUAGAAAACCACCGGAUUCCUUACCUCUGACCACCUCGGAGAUGAGUCCGGUCGAUACGAGACUGGGCAGCGACUUGAGAAAGUUGUUCAAAGAAACCGAUAGCCAGGAACAGGCCAGCCCCGUCGAAUACGAACAGAAAACUGUCCGGUCGAGUUCGUCGUCCUCUUUGUCCCUGAAGGCAGCCGGUGUCGCGAGCAAUUCGGCACCCUCAAAGAACGAUUCUACGUCGGAGGCUCCGCAUGAUGCCGGCUCGAACUCUUGUCAAGAACCGGAGCUUCGUCCGUCGAGUCCAAAGCUGUCAGUGAUCGAUGCGGAUAACCCAGGGGAAGAAUCGAGCUCCGAUGUCGAGAAUCACAUCGGUGCUUUCUGCGUGGAGAGGACUGCCGUGUAGUGUGAUACAUCGUGCACGUGUCUAAAUGUGAACCAUCAUUGUCUUGGAACUUGUCUAAAUGAAUAAUAGAGUUGUUGCCGCUUAAAAAAGACGAUAUAUUAGGGAAUCAUUCCAAACGAUAUUGCGAUUUUAUCGCGUUCCUCGCCCGACAUCGAUUAAAUAUUUCGACGUUUAUCGAGAGGCAAAGUGGGAUAGCGAUUCUACCACUAAAAAUUCGUAAUUAUUGUAGCCGCUUAGACAAUCCAUGGGUCAAAUUACAAAUCGCGUCUAGAUGUUUCGUGUGAUAGACAGAGGAAGAUCGUCAUGCCAGCGUAACGAAGUAGUUAGGGAUACAUUAUUGACUUGCGAUUACGCAUCUACGCGCAACAAUCCAUGUUAAAUACAUGAAAAUUUACGAUAACACGUUGGAAUUAACGUCGAGUAUAACGUCUAUACUAGAUAGCUUCGAAUUAAUAUUUCAAGAACCGGUUAGAACUUCCGAUAGAGUCAAUUUAUAAUCCGGGUUUGAACCCAACGAAUUAACGAUUAACGUUGCUUAUUAAGAAUUGACGUCAUAAUUGGUUAUUCAUUAAACAUCGUAAUUGAGAGUAGCGGAUCGGAGUCUGUGUGCAGUGGAACGCUAUAAAAUCGAUACUGUCAAUGCCUCUCAAGAGGAACGUACGCAAUAUAGAUCAUCAAAGGGGAGGGUCAAUAUAGACAACUGGCUCAACUGAUUAUGUUAACUUUAUUCGCGUUCGAUUUAACCAUGCGAAUAGAGUGUUAUGAUUAAGUGCGAGGACAUCACGAAGUUACGUGUGAACAUAGAUUUCUCGUCCCCGACGUCCGAAUGCGAGGAUCACGGACCAAUCGCAAUAUAAUCUCGAUCAUGUGUGUUCGUUAGUAACUGUGCCAAAAGAAAAGCAAACCAGGACCCGUAAAAGUAUACAACGUUUGUCUUGGCGGAUUAUAAAUGGGACCAACGCUCACGAUAUCCUCCUUUAAGUUAAUUUUUCUUUCUGACGAAGUAAUUUCAACAAUCUCGAUUUGACGCGAGUCGUCGUAAGAAAGACAAUGAACACAGACAGAAUUGUCGAGGAAUAACGCGAAUAACGAUGAGAAAGCGUGAGAAAUGCAAAAAUAUAGAAAAAACGCCCUUUAAAGUAUUUAACUCACGACUAAUUGUGCUCAGCAAUUAUCUGAAGAUAGGAUACUUCCGCGAAACUGAGAGAACUCCCCAAGCGUCUCAGAAGACAAACCAUAAAUACUCUUACGGGGCCACAAAUCAAAGUGUUCAGUGCCCCAAACCUUUUCUCUAAUAACCUGCGCUCAUGUGCAAUGAAAAUAUAUCUGCUCUCGAAGUAAAGCGAUUUAAGGUAAGAACGCCACGUUUUGUUUGUAAAAUGUGAAACUGGUUAAAACGUACCGAUAUUUUCAUGCCAGCGAGCGCUAACGUAUGCAUAUAAAUAUGUAGAUAAAACAAAUGGCGAGGACAUAUUCCUGCGAAAGGGUCUCCUUCCGAAAUCUUGCUAUCCGAUUCGUUUCGUUAUUCGGAUAUCUCGAUGUGUCAAUCAUUAAAACUCUAUCGACUAAGAAAUAAUCAGCAUUGUGCAAAUAAGAAUGGCAUAAUAAAGAACUAUAUAUUCUAUCCAUCUUAUCAUAUCGGGCAUUAUGUCGAUAUCCGCCCCGCAGUCCGCAAUCCUUCGAUAAAAAAAAAAAACGAACGAUGUAACAUGGAUAUUCCAUUAGCUUUAGAGAUCUUUAUUCUUGUAUGUCACAAAUAAAAUUAUACUAAAAACUAGUACAGUAAAAAACGACGUUAAUUUGUAGAACAGAAUAAUUAU